AUGACGGUGUGGGUUGUCGAUUGUCAGACCACUAAAGGAGAUUGUGGUUCCUGGGUUGUCGACCAAGUCCAGCAGGUGUUAUAUGGUAUCGUGGUGGCUCAUGAUCCUGAGAUGGCAGAGACCUACAUUGUCCCCGCUCACGCGAUCUUCCAGGACAUCCGUAGGAUGUUCGAUGUUGCACCAGAGACUGAAGCUCUGUUAUCGUCUUCGGAACCGCUACUUUGGCGUCCUGCUCAACGAAGUCCUACGCGUCAUGAAUAUUCCCCGAAACGGACCCAAAGCUCGAGCCCCAAAUACUCUUUCGGGACCGGAAGCUCCACAUCAAGGAUCGGCGCGGCUGCUUCUCGUGGUCACUUACAGCAGCUCAUACGAGAGCGAGCGUCUGGACCAGCUUUCUCUUUGCCCGUGUUUGCACUUGAUGCUCCCGCUUCGACAAGAUCGCUUGCCCUGAGGUCGCGUCAUGCGAUGCAUGCCGAUCCUUGUACGUCACUAGAUUCGCCACCGGAUGUUGACCUGGACAGAAUUACAUUCGCUCGCCUUGAGGGAGAGGGAAGUGAUGCGGGCCCAGAAGAUGAACUGGACCGAAGGUAUCGUCAACGAACCGCCAGAGAUGCUGGCAGACUCUUUCAAGUAGGAAGAGUGUUCUCGGUACAGAAGCACGAAGACUUCAACGGAGAUCCCAAGACCUACCACACAACGCCAGGUUGCUUGCUGACCAAGACAUCGAGAGGCUGGAUAAUCAGUCGCAACUCCCAAUAUGUCGUGGUGAAGGAGGGCCACGGCUUCUGCUGGGCAAUACCGAUCACCACCUAUGGCGGGCUCGGGACUUGCAAGCGCGGCUUAAGUGCUGCUGAGGUCGAGGCUCAUGCUGUAGUCUAUUCAACAAGCAAGCCGCCGAGCCUACUGGACGGUGAGAGACCGUUGACUAAAACACAUAUUGCGGUCAACUGUCAUGGGGAUCAUCAGCUCCACAGAGCCAGCAGAAUCAACUUUGCCAAAGUCACGACGAUUGAGCACAACGUCCGUGUAAUGGACAUCGGACGAAUAGCACCCGAGUCUCUGGCCCAUUUCAAUGAGUACUGGAAGGAUGAAGUGUUCAAACAAUACGGCAGGCGCCGCUGA